AUGUUUUCCGAACUGGUCCAGGCCCUCAAAGGCGAAGCCGACGCCGCACAUGAACCUGAUGCCAACUCUAUCGAACAGAAAGAACUCAAGGAGGACAUCGACCAGCUUCGCUGGAGAUUGGAAGUCGCCAUCCAAGCCGCGUCUCACCACGAGGAGACGCUUGACAAUAUCCGUGAGGAGUUCAACGACCGGUGGUCUGCAGAGACCACCGAGUGGAAGCACUCGGAGGCUGGCCAGGCCUUCCUGAAGGCAUGGAGAGACGGCCAUGAGAAGGCAACCAAGAAUCAUGAAACUGCCGAGGCCAAACAGGCAAAGCUCGAAGACCAGCUUCAUGCCGCUAAGCUCAAGCUCAUGCGUCUCCAGGAAGAGGAGUAA